GGUAAGAGUUUUUAUCAUCCUGGUAAGAGUUUCUAUUAUUCUGGUAAGAGUUUUGAUCAUUCUGGUAAGAGUUUUUAUCAUUCUGGUAAGUGUUUUUAUCAUUCAGGUAAGAGUUUUGAUCAUUCUGGUAAGAGUUUUGAUCAUUCUGGUGAGAUUUUUAUCAUUCUGGUAACAAGUUUUUAUCAUUCUGGUAAGAGUUUUUAUCAUUCUGGUAAGAGUUUCUAUCAUUCUGGUAAGAGUUUUUAUCAUUCUGGUAAGAGUUUUUAUCAUUCUGGUAAGAGUUUUUAUUAUUCUGGUAAGAGUUUUUAUCAUUCUGGUAAGAGUUUUUAUCAUUCUGGUAAGAGUUUCUAUUAUUCUGGUAAGAGUUUUUAUCAUUCUGGUAAGAGUUUGUAUCAUUCUGGUAAGAGUUUUUAUCAUUCUGGUUAG